AUGCGACUGUACGCCAUUUUUGUGGUAGUCAGUGUGGCUUAUAGUAAUUUGUAUGUCUCUUGUGAUAAAUCAAAAGCUGAUUUAUCCCUUAAAAACGGUAAAGGACAACUUGAGAAUAGACAACCUGAGAAUAUACAACCUGAAAAUAUUCAACCUGAGAAUAUACAACCUGAGAAUAUACAACCUGAGAAUAUACAACCUGAGAAUAUACAACCUGAGAAUCAACAACCUGAGAAUAUACAACCUGAGAAUAUACAACCUGAAAAUAAGCAACCUGAUGUUCAACAACCUGAGAAUACAAAAACUGAGAAUAAAAAACCUGAGGAUAAAAAACCUGAGGAUAAAAAACCUGAGGAUAAAAAACCUGAUGAUAAAAAACCUGAUGAUAAAAAACCUGAUGAUAAAAAACCUGAUGAUAAAAAACCUGAACACAACCAAGCGCAGACAGUCCAUCCACUUACUGAACAAGAUAACGAAAUAACGGCAAAACUGAGAUAUCUUCUACAACAACCUCAUGGCAUAUAUCCUAGCUAUGAAUUAACAACUUGGCUGAACCGUGUCUUGGAGGCCAUCAGUUUGAGUAUAAAUAGAUUAUCCGAGAAAGUGAGAAUCGCAACCGAAUUCGAAGUGUUCAAUCGAGAGCGAAGAGACCUGGAACAACAGAUCAAUGAUCGAAUAUAUUUAAUAACCGAUCAUUUGUUACUCGAAUCUAAAAGAAAAGGGAAAUGUCGACGGUUUUAUGAACGGCAAAGGGAUGCCCUUCGAAGUGCUCUGAAACAAUCCAAUAGGAAAAAGAAGGAAAACUUAAAAAAACACUCGUCAGAUUGCAGUCAAAGAAGAUCCUAAACUGAACUUCAGUUCAUUUAAAUUCUUAUAAAUUUGACAAAAUGCUAAAAUAAAUCAAAUUUUAAUGCACAUUUAAA